GUUUAAAUGGACAGGUACGAUCGAUCUAAAUCGGCUAAAUAAUGAACAUUUUCUGUUUUAAGUAUUUUGUAAUAACUUUGGUUGUUAAUGACUUUACCGACUUGUUUGUCCGCUUACUAAUCACAGUCGUAUAUUGGGUAAUAUUUAAAAAAAAAUAAUCGAAACGACAUUGACAAGCCUGGAUUCUAUAAUUAGUGGAUAUUUUUCGAUAAAAUAAAAACAUCCCGUGAUAAGACGGAGAGUUUUGAGGCAUCACGUGACGUCAACAGGGAAAUAGGAGAAACCGAAACUGAUCUGAGGUCAGGUAACGCGACCCUGUCUCUCUCGAUGGAUCAAACCGUGAUCAAAUACAGACAUUGUGGAAGAGACAUUUACAGUUUUUCAUGUUCACCUUAUUCUUUUACUCAGCAAACUGAUGACGUGGACAGAAGCGAGUGUCCGAUCUGUCAUCAAACUCUGACAUUCGGUCUUUUAGACGCACCUGUGACGCUCACCUGUCCUUUUAUGAACGCGCAUCAAGUCUCGUGUGCUUUUGUGAUAGGAUCUGUUCACGGACCAUCAUAUCUGGGAGAAUGGCAUGACACAGAAAUACACGUGGGAGUCUCAAAUUCAGAAGGUCUGGUUUAUAACUACACGCUGUCAGGAGUCCAGAGAGAUGAUCGGGGUUGGGAACAGUGUGUCUGUGUACAGUUGGUCCCACCGUGGAGACAUGACCUGAGGGAAUCAUGGGACAGAGAACUAGAAGAGUUUUCUGUACUCGCAGAAUGGGUUUCAGAACGAUUUGACGAGGAGAGAGAAUUUGGAUCCUGUUGUUACGGUUUUGCUUUGACCUUCAUCAACCGCAUGCGCUCACUGGAUGGAAAAGUGUCUCUGAGCAGAGACGAGUUCACAGGAUCUUACAUAUUACCCAGAAUGAAGACUGUGUCCACAUACAUCAAAAUCUACCAUACAAUAUUACAGCACGGAUUUUACAAACUGGACCACACGUGACGCAUGU